UCAGCUUUCAAUUCUCUCAUUAAUACAUCCAAACACAUCAAACUAGGCAUCCAUCGUUGUUAGUCUCAAAAACAAACUUUACUAGGCUGUUAAGAGCAGAGCAUCAACUAAUUAAGGCAGGCAAUGGAGGGCUUAAUACCGUUUAUCAUCCGCUCCUUGAGGAAGCAAAGGCCUGGGAAUAGCUACAGAUCCCUGUCCGACACCUCUAACCGCAGCUAUCACUUGCUUCUUGGAGGAGAACAAUCAGUUGAACUUGAGGGUUCAUCUCAUCGUCGAACCAGGUCAGAAUUUCAGCAACCGAGUUCUGAUUUCUCGGAGCAGCGUUCAGGUGGUACUGGUUUGGAUUACAUUUCCCAUGCCAAGAGCUUCACCGGUAGAGCCACUUCCGUCCUGAGCCCUUUGACCACUCGCGUCUCCCAGUCCCCCCACAUGAACUCCGCUGCCAAUAUGGCCAGGUACAAUAAUGUUCCCAUCGGAAUCAAGCCUUAAAUAAGGCAGAACAAUAAUGUUCCGUAAUUAUCUGUUUUUUUCCCCAUAGCCCAUAGGUAGGUGCUUGUUGGAUAUAGAUGAUGAGUCUGCUCUGAUUAGAUGAGGUUCGCAAAUCUAUGAAGGAUCAUGUGGUGUUCUACUUAUUAAAUUCUUCCAAUUGUAAAAAUAUGAUACGAAUACUUUGUCGUAAUAUUUCAUUUGCUGGUGAUCAAUUGUUUUCUUUUGCAA